CCCAUUCUCCCCUUGGCACCAUGCUUUCCCCACAAAGGGCUUUGCUCUGUAACCUUAAUCAUAUCCACCUUCAGCAUGUUUCUCUGGGUCUGCACCUGUCCCGACGUCCAGAGCUCAGAGAAGGGCCCCUGAGCACUCCACCACCUCCUGGAGACACAGGGGGCAAAGAGAGUGGAGUACCCUGUAGUGGAACCUUGGUGGAUGCCAACUCCAACAGCCCUGCAGUUCCCUGCCGUUGUUGCAGGGAGCAUGGUCCAGAACUGGAGAACCGACCAGGGGAAACAGAGGAGGAAGAAGAGGGGGUGGUAUCCCCCUCAGACCCUGGCUGCUCAUCUUCACUCAGCACCUGUUCAGACCUCACUCCUGAUGAAUCCCCUGUCUCUGUCUAUUCUCGGGAUUUCCCUCCAGAGGAAACCAACCCCCAGCCUAGCAUUAUCCCUCUGGAUGAAGGCUCUCCCCUAACCACAGAAGGUCCUGACUGUAGUCCAGACAGCUUUUGCUGUUCUCCAGAUUCUUGUUCUGGAGCUUCUUCCCCUUCUGUCACUGGCCUAGACUCCAACUGCAAUGCUUUGCCCAGCUUCCAGGAUCAUCACUCCUCAGUACCAAGGGAAGAGGAAGAGAGAAGAGAGCUUGAGCUGGCCUUGGAGACAGACAAUGGGAAAAUUGAUGCUAGUGGGAAAAAUGGAUCCAGUUGGAAAGUCAUUCCCAGUUGUAAGGUUGACCCUGGUAACACUGACUCUGGCUGGAAAACUGACUCUGGUUGGCAACUCAAUGGGAAUUCAGACUCUACCACCUGGAAAACUAGUGCCGAGAAUACUGAUUCUAAUUGGAAACUCACCGAGAAGAAUACAGAUUCUGGCUGGAAAAUUGGCUCUGGAUAUACUGAGUCCUCUUGGAAACCUAGCACUGGGAAUACUGAAUCUGCCUGGAAACUCACUGAGAAUACUGACUCAGGCAUCACUGAUUCCACUUGGAAAACUAGCACUGAGAAUCCCGACUCUAGCUGGAAAGCCAAUGCUGGGAAAAUUGAAGGUGACGUCAGUGGAGAACCUGUGCCCCACCGGACAAUCACAUCCUUCCAUGAGCUGGCCCAGAAGCGGAAACGGGGCUCAGGGCUUCUUCUUCCCCCACAAGCCAAGAAGGACAGGAGUGACUGGUUAAUCAUCUUCUCCCCAGACACAGAACUGCCUCCCAGUGGGGCUCUGAAUGGCUCCCCUGCCCCUCCCCGGGAGGUCACCACCUUCAAGGAGCUUCGCUCCAGAAACCGGGGCCCACCUCCCCCAGUGCCACCCAGGGACCCCCCAGCUGGCUGGGCCUUGGUCCCACCGAGGCCUCCACCUCCACCAGUCCCACCCCGAAGGAAGAAGACCCGCUUGGGGCUGCAGCCUAUUGCUGAAGGGAGGCCUGGGGAUCUUAGGCCUGAGAGCCCAGUGGCAGCUGAUGAUGUUCCUAUAGGGAAGGAACCAGCCCGGCCCAGGGAGGCUCCUGACAUAGAGGCUGGCCCCCUCCUCCUCCCUCGGCCCUUGGUUUUUCGGUUCUCGGCCGACGGUCGUCCCCUCUUGGAGGGCGCGGGAGCGGGGGGAGCCGGCUCCCUGCUCUUGGCCCCACUGGCUGGGUGGCCCGGCCCGGGGCUGCGACUGCUUGGGGGGCCGAGCCCCACGGAAGAGCAGCUGCUGCCUGUCCGCCUGUCCCCCGUAGGGGCUUAUUCGCCCCCAGCCCGGGGGGCCCUGCCCUGCCUGGCCAGCCCUGAGCUGGCGCUGUUGCUGUCCCCGCUCUUCCCCAGAAGCAGCACCUUUCCCUCCGCGGUUCCCCCACCCCGCCAGGUAGCCGCCCCCCUGCCGCCACCGCCACAGCCGAAGGCCCCGCGCAGACCCUGGAGCCCGCCACCGCCGCCUAGGCUACUCCGGAGUUCCUGGUCUUUUGCUGGUGUGCCUGGGGCCCAGUGCCUGUGGAUGGCAGAAGCCAAGCAGGGAUCUGGCCAGCUGCAAGAGGAAAAGAAAGGCCUUCUGAUUGCUGUCAGCGCCUCAGUGGACAAAAUCAUCUCCCAUUUUGGGGCAGCCAGGAACCUGGUACAAAAGGCCCAGCUGGGCGAUAGCCGGUUGAGCCCUGAUGUGGGACAUCUGGUGCUGACCACGCUGUGCCCUGCCCUCCACGCCUUGGUGGCCGAUGGCCUGAAGCCGUUUAGAAAGGAUCUCAUCACUGGGCAGAGAAGGAGCAGCCCUUGGAGUGUUGUGGAAGCAUCUGUGAAACCUGCUUCCUGCACCCACUCCCUGGGAAACCUGUAUAAUCAGGUCAGCCGCCUGAGCCCUCUCAGCAGCAGCCGAAGCCGGUUCCAUGCCUUCAUCCUCGGCCUCCUCAACACAAAACAGCUGGAGUUAUGGUUUUCCAACCUCCAAGAGGAUACAGGCCUCCUGUCCCUACUGUACCUGCCUACAGCCUUCUUUUCUCUGGCCCGAGGAGGCUGCCCCUCCCUGUCCACAGAGCUGUUGCUUCUGCUCCAGCCUCUGUCCGUCCUCACCUUCCACCUGGAUCUCCUCUUUGAGCACCACCAUCAUCUGCCGCUGGGCCCACCCCAGCCCCCGGCCCCUCCGGGCCCACCGCCAGCCCUGCAGCAGACAGUCCAGGCUGUGUUGGGCUGGGGGGAAAGGCUGGCUCAGAGCCUCCGGGGAGGGCCGGGCGAGGCUCCACGAGGUCCCUCUCCAUCCAGUGGCUGGUGGGAGCAGCUGACCCAGGCUUCCCGGGUCUAUGCCUCAGGAGGGUCAGAGGGCUUCCCUCUUCCCCGAUGGGGUUCCCGGAAGCAGGCUGUGCCCCCUGAGAGUACCAAGGAGAGUCGGCCGUCGGGAGAGGAGCCAGGCCAGGCCAGAGGCGUAUGGCUAGGAAGACUGUUCGGGGUUCCAGCAGGGACAAUGGAGACCGAUGGUGGUGGGCCGAUAAAAUCCAGGAGACCCUCCAGCUGGCUGCCCCCUGCAGUGAGCAUGCUGGCCUUGGUGAGGAAGGGCGGCCCCCCGGAGCCAUCGUCCCCUCCAGAAGAGCUUGAGGCCCCGGCCCCCAGGGAGUUCCCGACACAGAGGGCGGUCCGAGCCCUCUGUGACCACACGGCCGCUGCGCCUGAUCAGCUGAGCUUCCGGCGAGGAGAAGUGCUUCGGGUCGUUUCCACCGUGGAUGAGGACUGGCUCCGAUGCGGGCGAGAGGGGGCUGAGGGGCUGGUGCCCGUGGGCUAUACUUCCCUCAUUCUCUAGCCUCAGGACCCUUCCUCCCUUCCUUUCUUGGGUAUGUGCCACCCCUCCUGUCACCUGGAAAUGGAAGGGCUCUGGAGCAUCCUGCCCCUCAUGUAAAAUGAAGCUUAGCUGAAGCAUUUUCCCAUCUGUAAAAUGGAAUUAUUCUCCCUGCCUCACUCAUAUUUAAUAUGGAACCUCCCUGCCUUCCUAUCCUCUCUGUAAAUUGCCUUCCACCCCUGAUCUGUAAAGUGGAACUUGUUCUUUUGCCCAGGCCCUCCCGUAUGUAAUAUGGAACUGCACUCUUCCCCCACCCCAUCUGUAAAGUGGAAAUCCUGACUUUGUCCUCAUCUAUGGGUAAACUACCAAUAUACUCACCCCGAUCCCACUUUCCCCACCCACCUGGGUGGAUGGAAUCUCGGACUGUACCUACCCCUUCCUUGGUCUGUAUUUAUUGAGCAAUCAUGAACUUACAUGCUGUAUGUAGCACGGACCUCAUUAGUGGGGGGCCCUUGGAGGCUGCCCCUCCUAAGUCAGAAUCCCAAUAAAGUGUGGGAGCCGA